CAUACUCACACACACACACACGCACUGAGGGUGACUUGUAUAUGCAGCCAGCAGAGAAAGAGAGAGAGAAGCGCUCCGAGAGACAGAAAGGUGCACAGAAAGGAGAGUGGACGGCAGCAGCAGACAGAGCAGCAGCAGCAGCAGCAGCAGGACGGAGCAUCUCCUGCGCAUCACUGCAGCUUCACGGAUCUAACUCCUCACAGAGGCUCGUAAACUUUUUAAAAUAUAUGUUUUUUUUAAGUUUUGGAUCUGAAUCCCGCGAUUCCUGGAAGAGUUUCCCCUUUAAACCAACUUUUUUCCAUCCCAGUCCAGAAGUUUUUCUUUUUUUUUUCUUUAAAAAAAGUUUAAACUUCUGUUGGCUCUAGGCUCGGCUUCACUUUUUCCACGUGUCCUGGCAUCUCACUUCUUUUUUUUUAAUUAUAAUUAUUAUUUGCCUCAAAUUUCCAGAUAUCCUUUUAUUUCUAACUCAAUUUUUUUAACCCAGAAACUCACAAAAAGACUGAAAAUGAACUUUCACACCCCAGGAGCGUCCCCGGUCAGGUGUGAUUCUGGUCCCAGAUGUUUAAACCAUUAAAGCAAACUUGACUUUUUGCUGACUUCCCUUUUCUCUCUGAAAGUUUGAGAUCCAAGCGUCACCUGCUUCACAUCUCAUCCUCUCAGCCAACGGCGAUCUGCGCCCUGGAGACGCCAAAAGCGCCGCUUUGUGAUUAUCCUCAGCACACAUCCCAUAUCGCAUCUCCACACAUCAAUCAGUCCCAGCAGAAGCGCGCCGCUUCCAACCUCCGGGAGCGUUUGGGGAGCCUGAAGAGGCGCUGCGCCUUUUACGCGCAGAAAAGAACGAGACAACUCAUCAGCCGGGUCUACAAAGCGUGUCCCAGACGCGGGUUUAAGCUCUCCACAAUCAUUUCCCCCAUCAUCCUCAUCAUGCUGUUCGACAGCUUCGACCUGAUCUCGGCUCUGGCCACGCUGGCCGCCUGCCUGGUGUCCAUGGCGCUCCUGGUCGCGGUGUCCCAGCAGCUCUGGCAGCUCCGGUGGACGGCCACCCGGGACAAGAACUGCAAGCUGCCCAUGCCCAAGGGCUCCAUGGGCUUCCCCUUCAUCGGGGAGACCUGCCACUGGCUGCUGCAGGGUUCGGGCUUCCACGCAUCGCGGAGACAGAAGUACGGCAACGUGUUCAAGACCCACCUGCUCGGCCGUCCUCUGAUCCGAGUGACGGGCGCCGAGAACGUCCGCAAGGUGCUGAUGGGCGAGCACACGCUGGUGACGGUGGACUGGCCCCAGAGCACGUCCACGCUGCUGGGACCCAACUCUCUGGCCAACAGCAUCGGAGACAUCCACCGCAAGAGGAGGAAGGUGUUCGCGAAGGUGUUCAGCCAUGAGGCCCUGGAGUCCUACCUCCCCAAAAUCCAGCAGGUCAUCCAAGAGAGCCUCCGAGUGUGGAGCUCCAACCCCGAGCCCAUCAACGUCUACAGGGAAAGCCAGAGGCUGUCCUUCACCAUGGCGGUCAGGGUGCUCCUCGGUUUUAGGGUGGCCGAGGACGAAAUGAGGCACCUGUUUACCACCUUUCAGGACUUCGUGAACAACCUGUUCAGCCUGCCGAUCGACCUGCCGUUCAGCGGCUACAGGAAGGGUAUCCGUGCUCGAGACACCCUUCAGAAAGGCAUAGAGAAAGCCAUCAGAGAAAAGCCGCUGUGUUCCCAGGGGAAAGAUUACAGCGACGCUCUGGACGUCCUGAUGGAGAGCGCCAAAGAGAACGGCGCCGAGCUCAGCAUGCAGGAGCUCAAGGAAUCAACCAUCGAGCUGAUCUUCGCUGCCUUUGCCACCACCGCCAGCGCCAGCACCUCCCUUAUCAUGGCGCUGCUCCGCCACCCUCAGGUUCUGGAGCGCCUGAGGGAGGAGCUGAGAGGCAGGGGCCUCCUCCACAAUGGCUGCCUCUGUCCUGAGAGAGAGCUGAGGCUGGACACCAUAAUCAGCCUCAAGUACCUGGACUGUGUCAUCAAGGAAGUGCUGAGACUCUACACGCCGGUCUCCGGGGCCUACCGAACAGCCAUGCAGACCUUCGAACUGGAUGGAGUCCAGAUUCCCAAGGGCUGGAGUGUGAUGUACAGCAUCCGGGACACCCACGACACCGCCGCGGUCUUCAAAGACGUGGAGGCCUUCGACCCCGACCGCUUCAGUCAGGAGAGGAGCGAAGACAAAGAGGGCCGCUUCCACUACCUGCCGUUCGGCGGCGGCGUCCGCUCCUGCCUGGGGAAGCAGCUCGCCACGCUCUUCCUUCGCAUCCUGGCCAUCGAGCUGGCCAGCACCAGCCGCUUCGAGCUGGCCACUCGCCAGUUCCCGCGCGUGGUCACGGUUCCUGUGGUUCACCCCGUGGACGGGCUAAAGGUCAAGUUCUACGGCCUGGACUCCAACCAGAACGAGAUCUUGGCAAAGUCAGACGAGCUGCUGGGGGCAACGGUGUAAUACGGGCAGGUGCUUAUUAUGGGGGGUGGGCGGAGAGGUUCUUUAGGGAGAGGGUUGAUGGAAGGCAAAAAAAAUGAUUUUUUUCCUUCUUCAGCUUUGUUCUUCCGCGUUGGAGCGUACCUUUCAGACUUUUCGUGUCUUCUAACAGCUGAUGAUCAGGACUUUUCUUCGAGAGAGGAGGAAACUGCCAAAAAAAAGCUUCUUAAAUAUGCUCUAUUCUGUGUAUUUCCCCGAAGAAGUACGCAUACAAAAUAUGUAGAAAAAGCUAUCUAAUAUAAUUUGAGUAAGAGUAGUGCACAACCAGACUUUUGGUGAAAUGAAGGGUUGAGGUGAGAAAAGUAAAGUUACUGUGUUUUGAAGAGAGGCGGGAGCUAAAACAGGGUAUAGAGAGAAGGAUUAUAAUUGUCAACCGUUUUGCUUGUGCUUAAAUUCAACAAAUCAGUUUCAGUUGUCUUGCAGGGUACAAGAGAUGGAUUAUAUAUAAACAGAGUUUUUUUUUUCUUUCCUUAUCUGGUUUUACACUUUAAGCAGAUCUGUUAAUUUGAGAUUAGCAGCUGGUCUUGCACCCAUGUGCUAAAACGUGUAAUAUUUUGUCUGAUACAAGGAUAAACAUAAAAAAAACAAAAAAAAAAACAAUCGGUUACAAAAAAAAGAUCCAGGACAAAAUUGCUUUGAUUGAACGGAUUUGUUUAGCAUCUUUUAAACUACGCUUAAGGAAUCCUUUAGUGCCGAUCUCUAAUAUCAGCUUGAGUUGAAAACAUUCGAAAAACUGUUCAGUUUGGUCGGUUUUAUUUAUGUUCCGUUUGGUUUGCCGUUUAUUUGGAUUGGAGAAUACAAAUACAUAAUGUAUUGUUAGCUUUACUGUUAGGAAACCACUUGAUUAGGUCCAAACCCACACUUGGUUAGGUUUAGGAUUAACUAAACUUUAGGAGUUAAACUUACAUGGUUAAGUUAAGUUUGAAAUCAAAUUUACUCGAUUAGGUUUAGCAGAAAAAUCUUGCUGGUCGGCUUUAAGGACCAAACUUAGUUAUGUUUAAUUGUCUAAAUUCUUACCCAAAAACUUCUGCUACCCAACAAUGACACUAAAUUGUAUCACAGUUACAACAUUCAACACCUGUUAAAGGAAAGAUUAACUCUGAAGGAUACAUUCUACUUUUGAUUUUUGAGAAAACGGCAUAACUGAACAACUCGAUGAAGGAUCCAGUUGGAUCCAAUAAAGUUUUGGGAUUCAGUUUUCAGAACUGUGAAUCCUGAUCUGUCAAUCAUUACUAAACAUUCAAAACAGAUUUAUACCUCUAUUUCUUUUUCUAAAAAAACAAACAAAACAACAACAACAACAACACAGGUUGCCUGUUCCCAACACUAAAACAACAUGAACUUGAAUGUUUCCUGAAUAUUGCUUAACCUAGUAAUGCUGACCUUAAACUCAGGUGCAAAGAAGACAAUGUAAAAAAUUAGUAUCCGCUUUUUGAUAUUUUUUUCUGACUGCAAAAUGAAAUCUUUACUAGUAGCUUUAAUUUUGUAGGUGAAACAACUACCUGGCUAAUUCCAAUUUUAGUUUUAGCUAAUGCAUUCAUCUAUGCUGUCGCGUUAAGAACUAGCACAAUUUUCAGUUUUUCUAGUUGAAUUCUGUGUUCUUACCAAUAAGCAAUGUCACCAAUUUACGCCGAGAUUUAAUCUCUUGGAUAAUUAAUUUGUCCGUACAGUUGUUCUCAUAAAGCAGUGCACCUUCUUAGGCUUAAACCCGGGUUAAGAGGUCCGGGGAUGUGGUGAAAGUAAAGGAAGAGACCUACAUACAUGCUGCUUAAGUGCUGCCUUAUCUUUGUCUUUAUCGUGCACUUCAUUUUAUCGUCCCACCACCACACGGAGGACAGCGGUGUUUUCUCGUCGCUCCUCCGGGUCAACAGUGAGACUGCAAAGCGAAUUCCUUCCCAGAAGGCUCGAGGUGGUUGCGCAAUCAGAACCUUCGGAGUUUGCGCGUUCCGGCUACCCCACAUGGAGGGGGGCGGGGCUUCCUCAGACGUUCCAGACUACUCCGGAAAGAGUUCUGACGCGUCACAGAAAAGGACCAAUGAGAUGUCAGGCGCGGGGCGGGGCUUGCGUCUACAACGCUUUUCCUAUUGGACGAUCUUGAUGGACUUUGCCUGUGCCACGCCUUUUUUUUUUUUUUUCAUUUCUCCCAACCACACCACUGAUUUUAUUUUUUGUUUUAGUUUAUAUUUUCACAACAGAAAAAUAUGAAAACUGAAAGGGUUUGUUUUGCUGCUUUUCUUGUAUACAUUUUCAAAUUGAAAGUUAUAGAUUGCAAUAGUUUGUACUGAGUGAGAUUUGUUAUGUCAAUUCAUUUUAAAGCAUUUCUGAAGCAUAAAGAGCAUUAAUAGGGUUAUUGAUAGGUGUCUAUUAAUUUGUACAUUAUUCCUUAUCAGAAUAUGGGGAAAAUAACUAUUUACAUCAACUAAUAACCUAAUAUUAAUGUUAUUGUAUGAUUAAUAUUGUUGGUAUAAGAUAUUUGAAAUGCUAUUUUUUAUUCUAUUGCAGAUUUAGAGAUUUUAGCCUACAUGAGAAUGUCUUUGGUAAAUAUUGGAUGUAUUUAGAAUGUUACGGAUUUCAGUUUAUAUUGUAAACAGUGUUUAAAAUGUUGAUAUUGUUGAUUUGAUUACUGUAAUAAUUAUUAUUUUUGUUAUCCAGGCUUAUUAUCACUGCAUUUUAUUUUACAUUAAUUAUGGAAACAGAAAGCACUUGCCAGAUAUGUUUAUUUUUUAAGUGCCAUGCGACUACAGUUCCCUCUUCCUUUCUGAAGCUGUCCCUUGUCCUUCUGUACAUAUUUGCAAUUCUUUUUACAGGAAGAAAUGUUCAUCUAGUUUAAUUAUGAAUGUCUUGUGAUAGUUUUUCCCUUUUGCUUUUUUGUUACCAAGAUUGCUAUGUGUACUCCUGUAAUAAACCACAAAGAAAAAAAAUAAA